UGGGUGUGAGCUAGGAUAACUUUGCGCAUUUGGCGCUAACCCCGACGCGGAACACUAGUGAAGCGAAGCGCACCUUUCGAAUUUGGCUGAGCCUUUGCGACACUUCAACCCCAAAACUAACCUCAACAGCGUCACGAGCCCCCAUCCAAAAUGACCAAGGGUACCUCCAGUUUCGGAAAGCGUCACAACAAGACGCACACGCUUUGCAGGCGUUGCGGUCGUCGCUCCCUCCACAUCCAGAAGCACACCUGCUCCUCAUGCGGCUACCCUGCUGCUAAGACCAGGAAGUUCAACUGGGGCGAGAAGGCCAAGCGCAGGAAGACCACCGGUUCCGGCCGCAUGCGCUACCUCAAGACCGUCAACCGCAAGUUCUCCAACGGUUUCCGCGUCGGCACCCCUGCCGGAGCCAAGGGCAUUGACGGCGUGAUGAAGUCCAUCCGGACAGGCGCACGAUAAAGUAGGGGUUCAGCAAAAUGGUAUUGCACGGCAUGGGGCGUUCUGUCAUCCCUCCCGGCUGCCUGAUACCCGAAUGAAAUGAAUGAGGGUUAUACCAGGCAUUACGGAAAAUUUCAUCAUGUUCAGUCACGAAUGGAAACAUCGACCAAGCAGCCACUGUGCCAUGGUUCUCUCAAGAAUCUUCUCACCACGUUGAAUUGAUGGAGGCCCUAUUGAUGUACGGAGAUUCACACUACUCACCCUGACAAACGCCGCUGCUAUGUACUCAUGGUACUCA